AUGACCUCAUUCUCCUCCCUCGAAACUGACCAAUGCUUCAGUUUCGGAGAUAUUGCUGCUGAAGCGGAUUUCCAUGACCUGGGUUGGUCGCUUGCCCAAUACGAUAUGCCUGUCGCCCAAGAGCUGGCUUCCAUCUUGCAGGGUAGCCCAAUGAACGAUAUCUCGAGCUCUUGUACCGUGCCGCGAACGACCGGAAAGUAUCGUGGCAGAUCUUCCCAAUCCUCGAUCAAGCUCAACACCACUAUUGGUCUCCCACCAGCGAAUUGCGAAGUAUCUGGAGCCACCGCCUCAGUAAGCCUGGCAUCGCCAAUGGUCUGGUCGCUCAAUGGAUUCGACGGUGAUACGGGCCUGGAAUGUCUUCCUUGGCAAGAAGAAGACUUACAUACAUUCGAAGAAGCUUCCCUCGCCGAAAGUCUCACAUCUUCAUCCAACGAAGACCAAGCCUCCGAGCACGAAGCCAGAGAAGGAUGGAAACCAGACGACGUCUUCGAGAUCGGAUACGUGGACAAAUACGGCGACUGGCGGUGCAAAUUCGAAGGCUGCAAGUCGAAAAAAGUUUAUGAGCGUGCUUGUGAUUUGCUGGGCAGCGAUUGGAUUCACGAGUGA